CUCACUUCUGUCUUUUUCACUUCUAGAGGAGCCAUGACCAGUACACAGUCCUUGCUGCUCAAAUCCCUUGUCUCCAGCCCAGAUCCAGACAGCAAUGAGGUGGAGCUGGACUGCUGGUUUGAUGAGGAGUUCAAGUACAUCCUGCUUCCUGUGAGCUAUGCAGUUGUGUUUGUACUGGGCCUGGGCCUCAAUGCCCCAACCCUCUGGCUCUUCCUCUUUCGCCUUCGACCCUGGGAUGCAACAGCAACCUACAUGUUCCACUUGGCUUUGUCAGACACCUUAUAUGUGCUGUCACUGCCCACCCUCAUCUAUUACUACGCAGCCCGCAACCACUGGCCUUUUGGCACUGGACUCUGCAAGUUUGUACGUUUUCUCUUUUAUUGGAACCUCUACUGCAGUGUCCUUUUCCUCACCUGCAUCAGCGUGCACCGGUACCUGGGUAUUUGCCACCCAUUGCGGGCACUGCGCUGGGGCCGCCCACGCUUUGCAGGCCUUCUCUGCCUGGCAGUUUGGUUGGUUGUAGCUGGUUGCCUCGUGCCCAACCUGUUCUUUGUCACAACCAGCACCAAGGGGGCCACCAUCCUGUGCCAUGACACCACUCGGCCUGAGGAGUUUGAUCAUUAUGUGCACUUCAGCUCAGCAAUCAUGGGGCUACUCUUUGGCGUGCCCUGCUUGAUCACUCUAGUCUGCUAUGGACUCAUGGCUCGGCGCCUGUUUCGGCCCCUACCAGGGGCAGCCCAAUCAUCUUCUCGUCUCCGUUCUCUCCGCACCAUUGCUGUGGUGCUGACUGUCUUUGCUCUCUGCUUCGUACCUUUUCACAUCACCCGAACCAUUUAUUACAUGGCAAGGCUGCUGGAAGCUGACUGCCAGGUGCUGAACAUUGUCAAUGUGGUCUACAAAGUGACUCGGCCCUUGGCCAGUGCCAACAGCUGCCUGGAUCCUGUGCUCUAUCUGCUUACUGGGGACAAAUAUCGACGUCAGCUCCAGCAGCUCUGUAGUAGUAAAGGGCCCCAACCUCCUACAGCUACCUCGUCACUGGCACUUGUAUCCAUGCAAGAGGAGAGCAGUUGUAGGUGGGGAGCAAAACCUCAGGACAGCAUCUGCUAUACCUCUGGGGCAGAAAGAUUGUAACACUGGAAAGCAGGAAGUGAGAGGAGGGCAGAGGUG